ACUUCCCGCUAACAAACCAUCUUACUUUCUACCAUUUUUUUUCCAAAGAAAAAUUUAUUACUCCCCGUCCUAUACACUAUUUUACUUAACAUUAUAUUUAAUAAAAUAAAUAUUUUUUUUAUUUUAAUAAUAUUUUAAUUUAAACUUUUCAUAUAAUAUAGUUAAGAUCAUAAAAUUAAAAAAUAUUUUAAUAUGUUAGACAAAUCUUUAUAGAAGUACAAAUAUACUUUUUUUCCCUUAAAUUUCAUAUCAGUCAAAAUAUGUCAUGCUUUUUGAAACGAAGUGAGUAACACUUUUGAAACUUGUCUAGAUCAUUUCUAAAUAUUUAUGUAACUAUAAAUUAUUUCAUUAAAAAUUUAAAAAAAUUGUUGCUAAUUAUAUUUUAACGGAAUAAAAAAAAUUGAUAGGUAAAAUGAGACGGAGGAAAUAUUAAGUUUUGCAAUUUGUCCAUUAUUUAAUAGGCAUUAUUGAACUAUAAAUGUACGUAAUAGAAUUUCCCAAGAUUGUCAGUCUGUAUACAUUGAAUAAGUUUUUUGUGGGUUCUUGCUUUCAACGGUAAAGAUCUCAACUAUAUUUGAUCUGCGUAUUCAGAUCUAUUGAUAAAGAAAAAUGGCACGCAAGAAGAUCAGAGAGUAUGAUUCAAAGAGAUUGUUGAAAGAGCAUUUCAAGAGACUCGCAGGUUAUGAUUUGGCCAUUAAGUCUGCACAGGCAACAGAGUCUACUGACAUCAAUGAGCUAGCAGAUAAAGAGCCUUGGCUCCACUCAACAAAGUUGGUUGUAAAGCCUGAUAUGUUAUUUGGGAAGCGUGGAAAAAGCGGGCUAGUCGCCUUGAAUCUUGAUCUUGCUCAAGUUGCUACUUUUGUGAAGGAGCGCCUAGGCAAAGAGGUGGAGAUGGCCGGAUGCAAAGGUCCCAUCACAACCUUCAUUGUUGAGCCAUUCAUCCCUCACAAUGAAGAGUUUUAUCUUAAUAUUGUCUCAGACAGGCUUGGUUGCAGCGUAAGCUUUUCUGAAUGUGGAGGAAUUGACAUCGAAGAAAACUGGGAUAAGGUUAAGACUAUCUUUGUGCCUACAGGGACUUCUUUUACAUCAGAGAUAUGUGCUCCACUAGUUGCCACUCUACCAUUGGAGAUUAAGGGUGUCAUUGAGGAGUUCCUCAAAGUGAUUUACACUCUAUUUCAAGAUCUGGACUUCACUUUCCUAGAGAUGAAUCCUUUCACAUUGGUUGAAGGAAAGCCUUAUCCUCUGGAUAUGAGGGGAGAGCUUGAUGACACUGCUGCUUUCAAGAACUUCAAAAAGUGGGGAAAUAUUGAAUUUCCAUUGCCAUUUGGAAGGGUUAUGAGUGCUACAGAAAGCUUUAUUCACAGGCUUGAUGAAAAGACAAGUGCAUCUUUGAAAUUCACAGUCUUGAACCCCAAGGGGCGAAUUUGGACUAUGGUUGCUGGUGGAGGAGCUAGUGUCAUCUAUGCAGAUACUGUAGGUGAUCUUGGAUAUGCUUCUGAGCUUGGGAACUAUGCAGAGUACAGUGGUGCUCCCAAUGAAGAAGAGGUCUUGCAGUAUGCUAGAGUUGUAAUUGAUUGUGCCACUGCAAAUCCUGAUGGCCGUAAGAGAGCUCUUGUGAUCGGUGGUGGAAUAGCCAACUUCACUGACGUUGCUGCUACAUUUAGUGGUAUUAUUCGAGCUCUUAAGGAGAAGGAAUCAAAACUUAAAGCUGCAAGAAUGCACAUAUAUGUCAGAAGAGGAGGUCCAAACUUCCAAAAAGGUCUUGCAAAAAUGAGGUCUCUUGGCGAGGAAAUUGGCAUCCCAAUUGAGGUCUAUGGACCUGAGGAAACCAUGACUGGCAUCUGCAAACAGGCUAUUGAGUGCAUCACUGCAGCUGCAUAAAUUAACCAACCUCAUCCUCCACGCUGAACUUCUUUAGUUGUCUUUUUUUGCUUUGUGUUACCAUCAUGUUGUAUGCCAAGUAUGAGCAAUUUGUUUUGUAUCUUUGACAUUUCACAUAAAUGGACCAUGAACAAUGAGCUCCAGCAAUUAAUUUAGUUUUCCAAUUUCAACAUGAA